UAGAGAGAGAAGAAAAUGAUUGGUAACCAACAAUGGGUUUUUGAUUCUGUAAGUGCAAAGAACAACAUUAAAGUCGCACACAGAGGGUACAGAGAGAAAAGAAGAACCUUUUUUAACCUUUGUUGGGUAAGAAUCAUAUAGAACGUCACCAAAAAAGAAAGUUUCCUUUUUCAUUUUGAUUCUGAGUAAAUGUCUUCUCCAUAAAUUCCAAAAGAUUCUUUCCAAAUUGAAUCUUUAGGCCUUUGAAGGUUUUAAGUGUGUGUGUUUAGACUUUCUGAGAAACAAAAGAUGGAUCACAAGAAGACAAUCUUUCUUCUCUUCUUCUUCUUGUUCUUGUUAAAGUCAACGCUCCAGCAACAGAAAAAUUCUUCACCGGUUGAGAAAAGAGCUCUUUUAUUACUAAGGUCUUCACUUGGGAUAAAAGGCAGAGAUUGGCCUGUAAAAGGCGAUCCUUGUCUGAACUGGAACGGCGUGAGAUGUGACGACAACGGUAGUGUAACACACAUCAACAUUUCAGGGUUCAAAAGAACAAGAGCUGGUCAUCUAAACCCUCAAUUCAAAGUUGAUCCUCUCCUCAAUCUCACCCGUUUAGCCUCUUUCAACGCUUCAAAGUUCACUCUUCCAGGUCCAAUCCCUUCUUUUUUAGGAUCCACCCUGUUGACUUUGCAGGUCUUAGACCUCAGCUCCUGUUCCAUCACAGGACCCAUCCCUGCAAAUUUGAGUGGACGUGGCCUCACGGUUCUUGAUCUUUCAAACAACUCAAUCCAAGGCAACAUCCCUCUCUCUCUUACAUCUCUUCAGAGCCUAACGUUCCUUGAUCUCUCCUCAAACUCUGUAGACGGUUUGGUUCCUUCUAGUAUUGGUUCCCUCACAAAGCUCACACAUCUGAAUCUUUCACACAACGCCUUGUCUUCCUCCAUACCUCCAUCACUUGGAGAUAUCUCUCCUUUACUUCACCUUGAUCUCAGCUUCAACGACCUCUCUGGUUCAGUUCCAUCAGAACUCAAAGAGCUGAGAAACUUGAAGACACUUGUCAUCGCUAGAAACCGCCUCUCAGGUUCUAUACCUCCUGAUUUGUUUACUUUCAUGAGUCAACUACACACCGUUGACUUCAGAGCCAGUGGCUUCACAGGCGUUUUACCUUCUGCCUUAUGGUCGUUACCAGAGUUAAAGAUUCUUGAUCUCUCUGGAAAUAGAUUCUCCGACAAGCUCCCUAACACCACUGUCAACUUUGGUUCUACUGUCUCGUUGCUAAACAUAUCAGACAACAUGUUUUACGGUAAUCUCACACUUAUACUAAGAAGGUUCAGAGUUGUUGAUCUGUCAAGAAACUACUUCCAAGGUAAGGUUCCUGAUUUUGUCCCCAUCAACGCUUCCUUGAGCAGCAACUGUCUCCAGGGGACAAUGAUGCAACGAGAAUUGUCGAAAUGCUCAUUGUUUUACUCUGUAAAGGGAUUAAUUUUCGAUGGUUUCGGACAAGAACCGGAACAGGAAAACAAGCCUAAGUCUAACUCUCCAUGGUUAAGACACAGGACUAUUGUUAUAAUUGCUGUGGUUGUGGGGUCUAUUCUGGUUAUGUUCAUUCUCAUACUGUUACCAAUAACAGUGAACUUCUGUGUCCGGAGAAAAAACAGAUCAUCAACUAGUAGUGGUAGUCCACGUCAUAGAGGGAGACAUAACGGUGUUGGUCCAUUGCCUCCUGAGGAAACACUUCCCUGUGAAAGAGGAAGAGGAAGAGGAGGAGUCUCUGUGAACUAUGCAAGCCUUGGAAUGUCGUUUACUUACCAACAGCUACUCAACGCCACGAAGGAGUUUGGAGAUGCGAACUUGAUCAAGAAAGGAAGAUCAGGAGAUCUUUUCAAGGGAGUUUUAGAGAAUGGAGUUCAGGUUGUUGUGAAAAGAAUCAACUUGGAGUUGGUGAAAAGCAACGAAACGUACCAAACCGAGUUGGAUUUCUUCAGCCGGUUUGCUCAUCCGAGAAUAGUCCCGUUUGUAGGCAAAUGCGUAGAGCACACACCACACAAGUUGUUGGUGUAUAAGUACAUGAUGUAUAGGGAUUUACCAAGCUCAUUGUUCUACAAAUCAAGCUCCCUUGUUGACGAUGGGUUGAAGUCUCUGGAUUGGAUCACCAGGUUGAAGAUUGCGUUGGGAGCAGCAGAGGGGCUUUCUUAUCUGCACCAUGACUGUUCACCACCUAUAGUCCACAGAGAUGUUCAAGCAAGCAGCAUUCUCCUGGAUGAUAAGUUUGAAGUAAGGCUUGGAAGCUUUAGCAAAGCUUGUCAUCAAGAAAACAAUGGCCGUCCGAAGAAAAUCGCCCGCUUGCUCAGCAGAUUAUCCCAGUCCUCUCAAGAAAGUUUUCCUGACUCUCCAGCAACAGCAACAUGUGCAUACGACGUCUACUGCUUCGGAAAAAUCCUCCUCGAACUAAUCACAGGAAAAAUCGGAAUCAGCUCAUGCGAAGAGCCACAAUUCAAAAGAAUCCUAGCCGAGAUAAUACCUCACAUCUCAUCACAAGAGAAAGAGCCAGUCACAAACAUUCUAGACCAAUCCCUCCUCGUCGACGAAGACCUCUUAGAAGAAGUAUGGGCAAUGGCGAUCGUUGCAAGAUCAUGUCUCAACCCCAAACCUACGAGAAGACCACUGAUGAGACACGUGGUCCAGGCCUUGGAGAAUCCAGUGAGAGUUGUGAGGGAAGACAGCAGCGAGUCGGAGAGGUUCCGUACGAUAGGGUCUUCGAGAGGCUCGUCGAGUAGCGGGAGAGUGUUUGGUAGUUGGAGACAGAGCGUUUCUGAUCCUGUGGCGGCGGGAACGAGUAGUCUUCUGUCUCAGGCAGAGGGUUUGCCGAGAUCGAGCGGGUUGACGGGGUCGUCUGCGAGGGGAAGUAGCCGUGGCGCGUCGAGUCGACGAAGUAAUAUGAAAGAUGUAUAGCUUAAAACGAACACACACAAUAAUUCUUUUUUCACAUUUUGUAUUUUAUUUCUUUUGUGGUUAUGAUUUGUUAUCUUGUUGAUAAAAUUCCCAGAAAUUAUAAAUCUUUCAAAUGAUCUAAACCCGACCAGUUCUGAUUGGUUGGGUAUACUAAUGA